AACUGUUUGGUGCACAUGUAGACUAAAGGGGGAUAACUUGUUACAGUAAGCACUCUCCAACGGAUGAGGAAAUGUUGGUGUUGUUAGUUGAUAAACAUGUGGAAUAAUGUGAAUGUCAAAAGAAGUUAUAGAUCCAUGAUUUAAUCUAUAUAUGACUGACAAUAAAUGAUAUGAAGGCAGAGUAACUAUAGACGAGAAAUGUAGCAUUUGUACACGAUAUUGAUAGAGAAAUUGGGGAAAUAGACAAUGUGAAAAAUUACAGUGAUUCUUUUCCACUGAAUAAAAUACAUACAUUUCACAAAUCAUGCAUAAAGUUGACAUAUUGAGGAUUUCAGGAAUUGUAUUCUCUAGACAAUCUUAUAGUAAAUAUGUAUAUUCAAGAACAAUUCACAAAAACCAGUCUACUAAACAGAAAAAUUUAAGACCAAUAAAGGCAAUUAGAAAUUACAGUUCAAAUAUUAGGAAAAGAUCAGCUUUGUUUCUUAGUGAUGCUAAUCCAACUGAAGACUCAAUUGUGAAGGUUGAUAUUAACUUAAAAGAAAUUUUAUCAUCACCUUCACAAAUCAAAGAAAAUCUUGCUGCUCGAAAAAUUGAUUUGAACAUCUCUGAAUUGCUAGAUGAUUGCGAAAAAAUGAAGAUAAUAGCAAAAAAGAAGCUAGAUAUAGAACAAGAAAGAAGAGAUAUAACUAUUAGAGUUGGUGCUUUAUCAAAAGUUAAGCUAAAUGAUGAUUUGAGAAGGUCAAAAGAAAUUCUUAUACAAAGAGGAAAGGAAGUAAAGCAGUUAUCAAAACAAAUACAAAAGCAAUCGUGGGACGUAGAAGAAAGAGUUAUUUUACAGAGUUUACAGAUACCAAAUAAAUUACAUCUUAAUACACCAAAGGAAAAUAAGGUGUUGAGAUCCAGUGGGAAAAUAGAAGAUUGUCCCGCAAGUACAAGUCAUAUACAGAUUGGGAAAGAAAAACAGUUAAUAAAAUUUAGUAACAUUGGUCCAAAGGCGUAUUAUUUAAAAGAUGAAUUGGCUGAUUUAGAACGUAAAUUAAUCAUUUCAGCCAAAAACUAUCUGAAACAUGCUAAAUUAUCUCCCUUUACAACUCCAGAUAUUUUUCGAUCUGUUGUCAUGGAAGGAAGUGGAGUAAAUGUAGCUGAUGAAAGACAAGUUUUAACAUUACAAUCAGAUGAAGAUAAUAUUAACUUACAGUUAUUAGAUGACUUUCAUAUUGUAGGAACAUCAAUCUACUCAUUUGUUGGUUACCUUACCAAAGUGAAAGUUAGACCAUCUAGUCUUCCCCUAAAAUAUUUUUCAAUAGGAAGGCACUAUUGUCCAGGAGAAAGUUUACCAGGAUUAUAUGGCGUUCUUCAGACAACAAAUGCUGCAAUAUUUGGUGGUUGUUUAUCAGAGAAUUCAGCGCAUGAGUUAUUAGAUGAAUAUACAGAUUUAAUAUGGUCCUAUUUAUCUCUACUGAAUAUUCCUAUUAGGAUGGUCCGUCUUGGUGCUCCAAACAUAUCUCCAGCAGAAAGUCUGAAAUAUGUGUUUGAGAUCUGGUCACCAUCUUUACAACAGUUUAUACAAGUUUCAACAUUGUCUAUGUUUGGGGAUUUUAUAAGUCGCAGAUUGAUGUGUUUCCAAGACAACAAGGAAACUAAAUACAUUCAUAUGAUGGGUGGCGAUAUGUUGAACAUUACUAGACUUCUAGCUCUUAUUCUCGAAUAUAAUUUAUUAGAUGAUAGAAAGUUGAGCUCUGUUUUAGAAAUUCAACAUGGAUGAUUAUUAUUAUUUGUAGAAUCAGAAAAGAAUUAAACAGAAUUUCUGCAUUUAGAAGAAAUGGAAGGCGAUUUUGUGGAUUUAAUUGAAAGUAAUACAGUUGUUCACUAGACUCUAGUGAGGAUGCUAUAAUAAAGUAAACUGAUAGUUAUUUUAGUUUCUUGUCAAUGCUAGAAACGAAAAAUAGUAUAGUGCAAUGUUUAAAUUAAUCUAUUCCUUCUAGUUUUAUUAGAAAUAAAGCAUAUUAUUAAUAUUUAGGGGGGAAAAUUAUUAAUAGUUUUAAUUAAUGCAUUUUUAUACAUCCAUGUUGUCAUCUGUCAGUCAUCAAUAAUUUCUUAUUAGCUUGAUAAAAUAAGUACUGGGUUUUCCUUAAGUAUGUGUUAUACUUUCUUGUAACACUCUGCAGACUAGUCAAAGCAAACAAAAAAUAACCUUUUCUUGUGAUCUUUAAUAUUUUUUUCUUCAAGCAAAUCAAUAAUACAUUAAUGCAUUGUGCUAAAAAUAAAAUUAAAUCUAUGUUUCAACAAAAAAUUCAGAUAUUGAUGCAUAGUGACCUUUAUUUAAAUAUAUCACAUUGGUUUGAUAAUAGUAAGUUCUUGUUUAAAUAAGUUAUGUUGAUUGUUCUACAGAAAACAAUAUAGAUCUGUUUCACAUAGCUUUAUCACUAUGUUAAUAUAAGUGUUAUUUGAAAUAAUCUUAUAAAAUGAUAAAUUUAUUAACAGGUUCUUAUCUAUAUUUUAAUAUAUGUAAUAUUUCCUUAUAUUUAUAUUAUGUAGAAAUAAACUGUCUGGAAAUAAAUUAAGUGAGUUAACAUUUCAUGUCUUACAUUUAGUCAAUAAGGAACAUGUCAAACUUUUCAUAUCAAAAUUAAAUGAACAGGGCCUAUGUGAUUUAUGUCAAAUAUUGAACAUUAAGUUACUUUAUCUAUAUUAUUUGUCAGUCUAGAAGGUUUAAUAUUUGUAAAUAUAUAAUAUCUGUAAACA